UCGAACCUGAAAGAAAAGCUGCAGGCGAUGACGAAACAGUGUAAAGGGGUGAAGCAAGCCACGUUUGAAGAAAGCAUUGAAGGCAUGCCUCAAAAGCAAAGAGAAGCAGCACUCCAUUUUUUCCGUGCUUCCAAGCGAAAAAGCACCCGGGGCAUGGAAUUCACACAGGAUUGGAUUCUAGAGUGUCUGCUCAUGAAGAUGAAGAGCCCAAAGCUGUACAACUACAUGAGGAAGAACAAAAUUCUAGUUUUACCUAGUGAAGAUACUUUAAGGAAAUAUUUAAGCUCGUAUAAGACAGGCUUCGGUUUUUGCACAAGAGUCCUCAGGGCCCUGAAAGAACAAACCAGAGGGAUGGACUCCUUUAAGAGGCACGGAGGCCUUCUAGUCGACGAACUGAAAUUGUCGGAGCACUUGUCAGUCACAUCUGCAGCCACAAUUGAAGGUUUGGUAGACCUGGGCCGGUUUACACCGCCAAGAGAAAAAUAUGACCCAUGCGACCAUGGCAUGGUAAUUAUGUUUGCGCCAUUCACAGGCAAGUGGACGCAGGUUCUUGCAGUGUUCGCAACACAUGGAAACGUGAAAGGCGAGUUGCUUGCAAAGCUGCUGGUCGAGGCCGUAUUACUCGCAGAAGAUGCAGGCCUUUUCGUUGACUUCGUGACGUGCGACGGUGCCACGUGGAACCGCAAGAUGUGGAAAGUGCUGGGAAUUGGAGCGACUUCAGCCUCUAUUAAGUGCAGAAUGAGGCAUCCGAAAGACGCUAGUCGCUACCUCCAUUUCCUUUCAGACUUUCCACACUUGGUGAAGUGUCUGCGCAACAACCUGCUCUGUCACGACUUCGAGACUCCUGAUGGCCUGGUAUCCUUAGACACCGUCAAAAAUGUCUACGCCAUGGAUGGAAGCGCCGUGACACUUCGCGUGAUGCAUGGGAUACGCGAGGCCCACCUGAACCCAAACAACUUCCAGAAAAUGCGCGUCACGUACGCCUACCAGCUGUUCGGUCCCCAAGUAAUCCGUGGCCUGCGUUUUUUCCAGCAAGAUGUGGAGCAAGGAACGGGCAGUUGCAUAGAGCCAACGCUGCGGUUUUUUGAGCUCAACCAAGACCCGCUGGAGAGCACUUUUGGUAUAGUGCGGCAGUGCAGCGGCAAUAAUGACCACCCUACACCGCAGCAGUUCCUAGACACAAUGUCCUGCAUCAGCUUCUCCAACCUUGUGCGCUCGCCAGACAAGGGCAAUGUAGGGCCCAACACGGUUCAAGCUCUCUUGUCUCCCAAAAUGCGCCCUCGAUCCUCGCCUCAGAAGCCGAGCAUCGCACAUGAACUUGCAAGCAUUCCAUUUGUAGGCAACGAAGAACUGCUCAACGAUUUGUUAGAAGACGAGAACGACCAUGCAGCUUAUAUCUCAGCCAGGAGUGACCGCAGGCUGGUGCACUACAUCGGCGGGAACUUGCUGCACUGCUGGAAGCUGGACAGCACGACGAUAAAGCACCAGAUCUGUGUGCCUUCUCAAAGGAUUUCUAGUGGCUGA